AUGAGUAAGACUAGUUACUACGCAGUCAAAGUUGGUAAGACACCUGGGGUCUAUUUGACGUGCUUCUCUGUGGCUAUCAGGAAAGAUUGUGAAGAACAGACCAAGGGGUGGCCGAACGCUCGCUAUAAGAAAUUCUCAACAAGAGAUCAAGCAGAUGAUUUUAUAGGAAUAUCGGGAGCAACAGACUCAGAUUCGCUGUCUGCAAUUGUAUCCCCCUCUCCUGCUCCUCUCGGAAUACCCAACCCAAUCUUGACUGAACCUGAAUCUGCACAUGAAGAGGUUACGGAGAACAACGAGGUGGUCGAGGCACCUAUAAUGGAGACUCCAGGGACACCUGAAUCCAGAUGGACCACGGUUUAUACUGACGGAGCCUGCAAAGGCAAUGGUCAGGAAGGUUCUACCGCCGGCAUUGGCGUAUGGUGGGGUGCGGGGGACCCCCGCAAUCUGAGUGAGAGAUGUCCUGGAGCGCAGACCAACAAUCGGGCAGAGCUUAUAGCUCUCAUUCGUGCACUAGAGACAACUCCUCUGGAACAGAAAUUAUUAGUCCGAACAGAUUCAGAGUAUUCGAUAAAAUGUGUCACUGACUGGCUUCCUGGGUGGCGGAAGAAGGGAUUCAGGAAUGCGAAAGGAAAUAAAAUCGCCAACCUUGACAUUAUCCUUUAUCUUGAAGCUUUGGUGGAACGCAAGCUGCCAGGGACAAUUCGCUUCGAGUGGGUUGAGGGUCAUUCCGGGAACGUGGGAAACGAUGCAGCAGACCGUCUAGCUACAGAAGGUACUCUACUCCCAUGGAGGCCAGAGAAAGAGGAAGAAUGGGAUGUGGCGAAACUGGAGCAGAAACAAAUCCCCGUACCGGAAGCAGAAAAGACUGACGAAAUGGAGGCAAUAAUGGAGUUUAGCGCUGAGGACCUAUUGAGUGACGAGGAAAUCAGGAACAUGGUGCUGACAGAUGAUUUCUGA